CCACGAGCCUCUGGGGGAGCGAGAGGGUCUGGGGGAGGAAGGGAGACCCGGAUUUCUAGAACCUCUUUAGGAGUGUGGAGGUCGACUCUCCGUAAGGCAACCCAAAAGCUUGACUUGUGUCAGACGCUCUGUUUGAUGUCUUCUCAUCAUGAAUAGGUUUUAUUGUGACUACUGCGAUACAUACCUCACCCAUGACUCUCCAUCUGUGAGAAAGACACACUGCAGUGGUAGGAAACACAAAGAGAAUGUGAAAGACUACUAUCAGAAAUGGAUGGAAGAGCAGGCUCAGAGCCUGAUUGACAAAACAACUGCUGCAUUCCAACAAGGAAAGAUACCUCCUACUCCAUUCUCUGCCCCUCCUCCUGCAGGGGCAAUGAUUCCACCUCCCCCCAGUCUCCCGGGUCCUCCUCGCCCUGGGAUGAUGCCAGCACCCCACAUGGGGGGCCCUCCUAUGAUGCCAAUGAUGGGCCCUCCUCCUCCUGGGAUGAUGCCAGUGGGACCUGGUUCUCAGCAUGGGCCUCCUGCUCACCUUUCCUACAACUCCGAACAAACGCUUAGUGCUCCUGGAAUGAGGCCACCUAUGGGAGGCCACAUGCCAAUGAUGCCUGGGCCCCCAAUGAUGAGACCUCCUGCCCGUCCCAUGAUGGUGCCCACCCGGCCAGGAAUGACUCGACCAGACAGAUAAGGAGAUUGGGGAACCUCUUUAUAUCAGUUUUAUAUUACUUCACCAGGAGAUCAUGGUGCUGUGACUCGGGAUGUUUUCUAACAGGAUGACAAGGAAGACUUGCUCCCCCUUCCUAUCAAAGAGUAGUUUUGGAGGGGAGUGGUGGGACAGAAAAAGCAAUUUUCAUUUGUAUUGUGAAAUGUGAAAAUAAAAUUGUCAAUUCUUUUAGUUAAAAAUGUGUUCCCUUUUUUCUCCCUUCUGUAUUCUUUUUGUAUUAUAAAGGAGAGUCCAAUUGUGUUUCUCUAGCUCAUUCUUUCUUCAGCAUGCCCUCUGUAUGACAUUAUUUUCCCUUAGCUGUAGAGUGGGUCCCUUUGGGCACCUUGUCUUUAUUUAGUAAAGUUCUCUUGUGCAAAAACUGGUAAAUCCAACACUUGUAGAGCUUUUGUUGAUUAAAAUAAUAAACAGCACCUGGUUAAUUUUUCA